UGAGAAGCUUUGCAGCAUGCUGACCUCUUGUCUCCUUCAGAUUUGUUUUUGUCAUGAUGAAAGGUGGAGAGCGGCAUAGAAGAUGGCAAACAAUAGCAGCUGUGUUGCUCUUCUGUUGUUUAGCUAUUGGUUUAACUUAUUUUAGCUGGCGAAGACUAACUGACGCAGUCAAAGUGGGUAAAGGUUCUGAAGUAAAAGAAGAUGAAUUUAAUGGGAAGGAGUUUGAGUCCAGUCCUUUCUCAGCUGUUGCCACAGAAAUGGGAUUAAGUGAUGCCUCAAUCCAAACCGACAGCAAAGAGGACAAUAUGAUUGAAGCCACUGCAUGGCGCAGCUCUAAUUCUUCACUUCACUGCGGUCGUAACAAAAUGAAAUUCAAAGUGAUGGGACCGGGUGCUACUGAACUACAACUGGACAUGGGCAAUGCAGACCCAGUACUUCUAAGCCAGGUGCCUGAAGCUUGUGGUAUCUUGGUGAAUCAGACUGUGCUUGGACUUGUUCUACUUGUUCGUUACGAUAGCUGUGCUGUUAAACAAGAGAAUGGGACACAUGUCUUGACAAUGCGAUUGAGGGACAGAGUUGUUAAUAUAACUUGCACCAUAUUGCCAGAUGCUGAAGCCAACACAACAGAGCCUGUUGAGCAUCCUUUAAAAGCUCCUUUACCACACAAGUCCCUGAACCUUUAUCGUAUGAAACGGCAUUUAAGAUGGCCUCCCAUGUAUGUUCCUUGUAGUCCAUAUCGCCGUUUUCCACUCUGCCUGUAUACCCCACCUGCACCACCUACUAGGAGUACAACUACUACCACCACCACUACUGCUGCCCCAACACGCCCACCUAUAAUGAAUCCCCACUUCUGGAAAAAGCUCCUUGACCUCUACCCGUUGUAUAGUCACUACUUUCAAGGCCAUGCACAACCCCUGCAGCACUAUUACCAUUCUUUCAAGUACCCAGACUGGCUAACACACCUGCAAUCAACUCAGAAGCCUCAGAUGUUUAACCACCCCUUCCAUCACUUCUAUGAAGGGUAUCUUACUCCCACAACAACAAAGCAGACAACUACACCCAAGAUGACAACGUCAAGCAGUCACUGCCCACACUCUAGGCAGUUUGGUCCUUAUGACAGGUUCCAUUUGGCUCCAAGAGUGUCAUUUGGCAACAGUGAAAUCCCAGAGGACCAGCAAGAUUUUUCAGAGCAGAGUCCUAGAUCUGGAUACAAUGAUCCAGUGAAUCAUGGCUCCUUCUGGGAGUCCUUUCCUUUGCUUUACCACUCGGCAACCAAAGAUAAUCCACACUUUGACUGGGAGGACCUAACCCCUAAAUGAGUGUCAAGGCUCUCCUGUAAAGGUCUGACUGUCCUCCCUUUUUUUUAGAUGCUUGUCUUGAGAGUUUAAUAAACAAGUUUAACUUGAA